AUGACUUCAAAAUCCAACGUAGGGACUUUUUUAGGUGGAUUUGCUAAGAUCUUGGAAAAACAAUGGCAAUGCGAUGUACGGCUUAGGGCAAUGGACAGUGAUGAGGGGGCAUAUAUCUCCGCCCACAAACUUGUUCUGGUAUAUAUAUACGAUUAUAGAAAAAACACAGUCAAGACUUCGGCUAAGCUAGAGACAGUCACUCUCUCGGAGAUGAAACAUGAGGAAGUAGAGGCAUUAGUUGAGUUUAUCUAUAGUGAUGGCUCUACUCUAUCAGCAAAAGGCAGACAAAAUGCUCGGUCACUCUUUAUCGCAGCUCACAAAUAUGAGAUCAUGCAUUUACGGGAUCUAUGCAGAAUCAAGCUAGCCUUUUCUGUGGAUUUGACGAAUGCUCUUGACGUUUAUAAGCUCUCUUUGAUUCCGUAUGAAAGAUAUCUCAACAUUGCUGCCUCAGAAAUUUUACGGAGAUUGCUGCUUCUAAAGAGUUUGAGCUGUUCGUCAACGAGAAUCCAGAUCUUACUAUGGCGAUAG